AUGGCCGCUGCAAUGUCGCAUAAAUCCAAGAGAUUUAAGUGGACAGAACAAAUGAAUGACGAUCUGCUCCAAUGUAAACGAAAGGCAAAAGAAUUAAUUUCAUCACAAAAUCCACCACGGAACGAAAACGGUAAAAAGAAAGGCUAUAUUGAAGUGAUGAAACAGCUUUGGGACGACAAAGGAUAUGGGCAACUCGGGCUUAAGAGUUAUAAUUUACGAAAUCAGGCCGCAAAACUAGAAAAAAUGCCAGAAUAUGCCGAGGAGAGCAACAUAGUAGACACAAGUGGGAAUGCUAUUGGUGAAACAAACACGGAAAGUCGCCAAGACACUGUAAAUAUAUCUAAUAUGGAAGAAAAUUACGAGGGCGAAAAUCAAAACACGAGCGAACAGCCUAGCCAAAAUGCUAAUUUUAUGGUUUCAAAUUCGGAUUUGCAUACGAUUUCAAUGGGAGAGAAUUUAGCCGCCAAGUGUAGUCACGCAACCCAUGAAAACGGACAAAAUGAAAUUAUUUCCCCCCAAAUUAAACCGCACUUACCUGAUUUCGAUGUGUUACCAUCCGAAGUAAAGGACAAAAUGUGGGGCGAUAUCAGCUACGCAAGCUUUUUCGACGUUGUCAAUGGCAUUUAUAAUGAAAUUGUUCACUUCAGGAGAAAUAUUUUUAACAUACCGUCUGGGCGAGCCGGAAAGAAUUAUAUUGAAGAGCUGACCUUUUGGAUAAAACAAUUCAAUUCAAAUUCGGACUUAAAUCCAAUUGCUUUGAAAGCAUUCAUGGUGCUUCCCUCUUUGAUUCUACAAAAGCCCUCAGCUACUUCAAAGAGUAAAGACCAUAGUGCAGCGAUAUUACGCAGAUUGGCUCUGUGGAAACAAGGAGACCUAGUUGCUCUAAUGAAAGAAGUGAAAUUCAUACAGGGAAAAUUCGCCAACUCGAAGAAGGCUAGAUCUGUCGAGGACAUUUCCAAAGUUUUUGCGAGACUGGUUUUACAAGGCAAAGUGUCCGCAGCAAUCAAACUUUUGGAUAAAGAGAGUUCAUCAGGGCUUCUAAGCCUAUCACCUGAAGUUUUGGAGAGCCUGAAAGAGAAGCACCCGCUCGCAGCCGAGAUCGAGGAUGAGAGCCUUCUGCAUGGCCCAAUCGAUCACAUUCCGCCGAAUGUUUUCGAUUUAAUCGGGGAAGAAAUUAUCUAUAAUGCCGCCAUGAAAACAAAGGGUUCUGCGGGUCCGUCCGGAAUGGAUGCGGAGCUGUAUCGAAGAAUCCUUUGCUCCAAGAACUUCAAGACUGAGGGCAAGAUAUUGAGAGAAGAAUUAGCAAUUCUCACCAGAAAUCUAUUGAAGACGAGUUACCAUCCAUCCCUACUUGAAGGUUACACCUCCUGCAGACUCAUCCCACUAGACAAGAAUCCGGGAAUUCGACCAAUCGGAGUAGGCGAGAUUUUGAGGCGUAUUAUUGGUAAAACAGUUACCACCUUCCUAAAGAUGGAAAUCCAGGAAGCAGCAGGCCCCCUUCAAGUUAGCGCUGGACACAGUGCAGGGGCCGAGGCUGCCAUACACGCCAUGAGCCAAGUUUUUGCACAGGAGGGGACAGAUGGGAUAUUACUGAUUGAUGCCAGCAAUGCAUUCAACCGAAUGAACAGGUCUGUAGCUAUGCACAACAUUCGCAUAAUCUGUAAAGAAAUGUCUAUAUAUAUUAUAAAUUCGUAUAGGGAUCCAUCCAGGUUAUUUAAUAUCCGGCGGUGGCGAGAUGUUGUCACAAGAGGGAACCACACAAGGUGAUCCCCUGGCUAUGCCCUGGUAUUCGGUUACUAUAUGCAGCAUGAUCCAGAGCUUGAGGAUACAAACCCCAGAAGUUAAGCAGGUAUGGUUGGCUGAUGACUCAGUUGGGGGAAAAAAGCUGGUGCCGUUGUAUGAUUGGUACAAGCAGUUGACUCUCGAAGGAACGAAGUAUGGCUAUUUCGUCAAUGGAUCAAAAAGUUGGUUGAUUGUCAAGUCGGAGCUGUUAGCAGAGGAAGCUAAGAAGGUGUUUGGGGAGGAAGUGAAUGUUACAACAGAAGGUCAUGGCCACCUUGGAGCCGUUAUUGGAUCCAAAGAUUAUAAAGACCAGUACUGUGAUGAUAAAGUCCUCAAAUGGAAGAAGAAAUUGAAGCACUCUCUGAAAUUGCGAAGAAUCAACCCCAUGCAUCCUAUAUUGCCUUUACAAAGAGUUACAAAUCUAAAUUUACAUACUUCAUGCGGACAAUUGAAUCGUUUGAAGAAUAUGUAGAUCCAAUCCAUGAAGCGAUUGAUGACUUGUUUCUUCCAACACUCUUUGUGCAAGUAGAACCGCUCCCCGGUGAGCUACGUCAGCUUUUCACGUUGACACCAGCGCAAGGCGGCCUUGGUAUACCAGACUUGAGAAUAGACGCCCCACAGCAGUAUGCUGCAUCAACAUCUAUGACAACUUCGCAUGUUGAAUCCAUCGUCACACAAAGGCCCUUCAAGACGAAAGGCGACGUAUCUACAGAAGAUCGUAAAAUUUACCACCAGUCACUUAAAACGGCUUCCGUCAAAACAAGAAUGGAAACUAUUGACUCUUCUCUGUCUAAUGAGCUUAUGCGUUUGGUAAACCAGUCGAGAGAUAAGGGAGCGAGCUCGUGGCUUAACGCAAUAUCCCUUGAAGAGCAAGACCUAGCCAUGAAUAAACAAGAAUUCAGAGACUCCCUACGAUUGCGGUACAACAUACCUCUGCAGGAUUUACCAAGCUUCUGUGUAUGUGGAGAGAGAUUUACAAUUAACCACGCCCUUUCGUGUAAGAAGGGUGGGUUUGUAGCCCAGAGGCACGACGGUAUUCGAGAUUUUCUAACUUUGCUUACAAGCAAGGUAUGCAAAAAUGUGGAAUCAGAGCCUCGUCUUCAACCGCUGGAUAACGAACAAUUCCGCCACAGAACCGCUGUCACUAGUCCGGAGGCAAGAUUGGACAUAAAGGCAGGAGGCUUCUGGCAACGAGGAGUGACAGCAUUUUUUGAUGUUAGAAUAACGCAUGUCAACUCCAAGUGUAACCAGAACAAGCCUACGACUACCAUCUUUAAAGAGCACGAGAACGAGAAGAAGAGAAAAUAUCAACAGCGAGUGCUAGAUGUCGAAAUGGGGACGUUCACGCCAUUGGUUCUUGGUACCAACGGUGGUAUGGGAACAGAAUGCCAAAUGUUUCUGAAGCACCUUGCUGAUAAGCUUUCACGAAGGGAUGGGGAACCUUACCACGCAGUCAUUUCAUGGCUUAGAACACGCUUAUCUUUUGAUCGGUGAACAUUUGUGUCAGGGGAUCUAGAAGGCCCUCUAAGAACGCAAAUGACUUCAUAGAUGAUUUUAAUGUAAAUGCUAAUGCAGCAGAAAUUUUUUAG